CAAUCUGUCUGCCUCGGCUUCCCAAAGUGCCCUGUUUUAAAAUCAAGUGGUGGAGGGUGGUGUCUGCACUUGAAACAAGACACUUUAUUCCUGGGUUUAGCAUUAACCUUGCCCAGCUUGGUCUGGCAGCUGAGUUGCUGGACUAGGAAGCGUCUCUGCAGGUUGUGUUCUGUUAUCUCUCUGUAAAGCCUGAAAGCAUCUGCAUUUGCUAGUUUUCAGUAGAGCUAUUUAACAAGAAUCUGGAAACAUUUUCCCUGAGGGCUCUCUUUAGACAGCAGUAAAAUGUAGCUGGAGACAUACUGAGUAAAUGGAAAAGAAAAAUCAAAUGAGGCCAGGAAUUUUUUUAAUCUCCUGUUCUCUCAGAAACCCUCAAGGAGAACACCAUAAUUCAUACUUUACUCAUGUGGGUUAGGCAUAAAGCCUCCCCCAUAGAUCCAAUAACCUGUAAGUGUUCUGGUUUUGAAAUUGCACCUGCUUACAUUGCUGGAUCAUAGCACUAAAUCACACAGCAACGGCUUCUGGUUCAAUUCUUCAUUACUUGGGAAUGUCAGGUUGCCAGAGAGCAGCCUGAUGUUUACAUCCAAAUCGGCAAUGACUUAGGAAAUCAGUUUUAAUUACAAUCUCACAUAGCAGCACUACACUCAACCUGCAGAGAGGCUGGCAUUUGUGUUGUACAUACUUCUUGUAGCUGUGCAGAAAAUGCCUGUCCGACUGGGUCAUGUAAAAUGGACAGCAAAGUCAGCAGAAACUUAGAAAAGAUGACACAGCAAGUGGAACACGGCUAGAUCAUCCCCCAUCCUGCCAAGUGUGCAGUGCUCUCUGGCCCCUUUUUAAAACAAGAGAACCCAGUUGGCAUUUGCCUUUCAACCCCCGCAUUCUGAUUACAAAAAUCUGUGACCCAUCAGCUUUAACCAUAAAAAAAAAGAGAGUGAAAGAGAAAGACUCAGAGUCAGUGAGCAGGAUUCUUUGAGACCAGGUCCUGCUUCCUCAGGGAAUCCUUGUUGCCUCACUUGCUAUAAUGCAGUUUGUGCCACCAGUCUGGCAUUUUCAGCCCAAAGCAGGAGCCAUUGAGACAAAUUCAGGGGAUGCUUAAGAGGUGGCGUGUGUGUGCGCGCGCGUGUGCGUGCACUCGUACGUAUGUGUGCGUGUAUUCCAUAUGCCAACGGUGCAGCUCUGACGUAAAAAAAUGUUUUCAACCCUCCUCUGGGCACAAAUGCUCAAGAGCCUGGCACUGGACAGGGAGCAUCCUGAAGGGCAUUGUCACCUGAAGCAGAAGAGCUGUCAGAUCUUUCCCUUCUGCAGUUAAAUCAUUUUCAUGGAAUGGCUCUCAUCUUGGGAGAUUCAUCCUCUGCAUUUUGGAACUGAGCCUUCCUAGUGUUCUGAGAGUUUUCUGCUAUCUGUUCAGCUUAGCACGCUAAGAAGCUGGAGAGGUACCCAGCAGGCUGGUUGCAUUCUCUGUCUUGGAAAAAUAUUUGGUUUGAGAAAUCGUGAAAUCAUUCCUGGCCACAUUGUGGGAUUGUAUUGAUUUUUUUUUUUUUUUUUAGUUUUUAAAUUUUUAUAUGGAAAUGCCGGAAAGCUUGGAGACAGUCUAUUUCAAAGAAGGCUUUUGAUUUCUGAGACUGGCAAGGGCAUAAAAUGACAUGAGAGUUUCUCAGCAGGAUUCCAAAUUCAUGAAAGAUUUUUUCAAGCAUCUACUAUGUUCAGAACAGGGAUGCAGAGAUGUUCUGGAGAAUCUGAAGUUCGGGCUUAACCCUUGAAACUUUGAAAGCAAUGGCUGAAAAGGAAAGAUGAAUACCUAGAGGCUCCCUCUGGAAAUGAUUGAGGUUUGCCAUCGCAAUUGGCUACUUUGGCUUUGUCUGUCAAAAUUUGGUGUCUUCAUGUGCUGUCCGGCAUCUACUACAGGUCAUAUGGAGCUUAGAAGGACAAGGGAGCCUAGUAAUAAACGGGUCAAACCCCUUUCAAGAGUCACGUCACUAGCAAACCUCAUCCCACCUGUGAAGGCCACACCGUUAAAGCGCUUUGGUCAAACCCUGCAGCGCUCCAUUAGCUUCCGCAGCGAGAGCCGCCCUGACAUCCUUGCCCCCCGACCCUGGUCCAGAAAUGCCGCCCCCUCAAGCACGAAACGGAGAGAUAGCAAGCUCUGGAGUGAGACCUUCGAUGUGUGCGUCAAUCAGAUGCUUACAUCCAAGGAAAUCAAACGUCAGGAGGCAAUCUUUGAGCUUUCCCAAGGAGAAGAAGACUUGAUAGAAGACUUGAAAUUAGCAAAAAAGGCUUAUCAUGACCCCAUGCUGAAACUCUCCAUAAUGACAGAACAAGAGUUGAAUCAAAUUUUUGGAACACUGGACUCUCUAAUUCCUCUACAUGAAGAGCUCCUUAGUCAGCUUCGAGAUGCUCGGAAGCCUGAUGGCUCGACUGAACAUGUUGGUCCCAUCCUCGUGGGCUGGCUGCCUUGCCUCAGCUCCUAUGACAGUUACUGUAGCAAUCAAGUAGCUGCCAAAGCUCUGCUGGACCACAAAAAGCAAGAUCACCGAGUCCAGGAUUUCCUACAGCGAUGUUUAGAAUCCCCCUUUAGCCGCAAACUAGAUCUCUGGAAUUUCCUUGAUAUUCCAAGAAGCCGUCUGGUAAAAUACCCUCUACUUCUUCGAGAAAUCUUGAGGCACACACCAAAUGAUAAUCCAGAUCAGCAGCACUUGGAAGAAGCUAUAAACAUCAUUCAGGGAAUAGUGGCAGAAAUCAACACCAAAACUGGGGAAUCAGAAUGCCGCUAUUAUAAAGAGCGGCUUCUUUACUUGGAAGAAGGCCAGAAAGACUCUCUGAUCGACAGCUCUCGAGUCUUGUGUUGUCAUGGUGAACUGAAGAACAAUCGGGGUGUGUUAAAAACUUCUUCAGAAUCAGUUUCAAGAAUGGAUCCCAAAGUCAGACCCACUCACUACAAGCCAAUGACACCUUCAACAAACAGCAGUGGCUUAACUGUAUUCGUCAAGCCAAAGAAACAGUUUUGUGUGCUGCUGGGCAGGCUGGGGUGCUUGACUCCGAGGGAUCAUUCCUGAAUCCCAUCACUGGGAGCAGAGAGCUACAGGGAGAAACAAAACUUGAGCAGAUGGACCAAUCAGACAGUGAGUCAGACUGUAGUAUGGACACCAGUGAGGUCAGCCUCGACUGUGAGCGCAUGGAACAGACAGACUCUUCCUGUGGGAACAGCAGGCAUGUUGAAAGCAACGUCUGACAGAAGCAUGCACACUUCAGGAAGCAGGCCUGCAUCUUACCUGUACAGUAUUUGCAUUCCGCAGAUGGAACGGUUUGGAAAAGCACUUUUUAAUACUUUUGUGACCAUGUUGGCCCAGUCUCUUGUAUCUGUACCUUUGUCCCUAGUACUGUAACUGCCAGCCUGUCUGUGUAAGCUGGAAUCUGUGGCAACCGUUACCCUGCGUUAUAUUUCCCAAGUGUUUGGAUGGAUGGAGAGGUACUCAAACAAGUUACUUUCAAUUGUCCUGCUGGAUUAAAAAAAAAAAAAAAAAUAGAAAAACAAUCCCGAAACUACUGUUUUACAUAGAUUGCUUGAAGAGUCUUUCCUCUUGUGCUUCUCUAGCACUUUCCCAGCUCUUUGAUGUGGUAGCUAAAAAUUUAGAGGGCCUUGUAAACAGGGCAUGAGAAAAUCACCUGUGUAUCAGGAUGGUACUAGAGAGAAAAUCAGGAAAGACCAACCCAUGAAGUGAACUUGGUUUGAUUUUAUUCAACUAGAAAGCUUGAAAACAUCCCUGGGCAUUCUGAAGGCUUAAUUUUGCAAAGGAGGAUGCAUUGUCUGAACCUUGCAACUUAAUCCAGUGCAAGUUUGAUGCAAGAAUUUAUUAGGACAUAAAAUAGAGGGUCAGGACAAAAGCAGCUGCCAGCUCUGAAUCUUUAACUGAAAUGCACGUGGCACCAGGAGGUGUCUCUCAUAGUUGGUGGCUAGCCUAAAACAUCCGAAUAGAACCCAAAGGGCCUAGGGAAGCCUGCCAGGAUAACAAGAAGGCCCUGUCUUCAUUAUGUUUCAUCUGCCUAGGCCUACUCACAUUUUAGAGAAUGAGUGAAGGAACAAGGAAGAGAGACCGUGACUCUACCAAUGACACUGUUUACAGAAACACAGGAGCGGAAUAAUUUGGAAUGAAAAGCAUUUCAUCAGAAACUUCUAUGGGAGCCAUUAAGAGAAAAGCAUGGUCCAGUGCCUUCUGAGAAAGGCCAGAGCCUUGGGCUUUCCUGCUCUGCUUUUGGGUCAUCAGUUUGCCAUCUCUGGUUCUGUGCUAUAACCAGAAUUGUAAUUACAUUCUCCAGAGGCCAAUUUCAUUAACUCUGAUUAAUUAGGAUCAGCUAGCCAAAUUAGUAGCCUCUUUGUCCAGCCUUGAUUUACAGUGCAAGGUAAAGUGCAGACCUUAAAAAAAGCUAAGUACGUAGAAGAGCUCCCUGCAAGUGUAAAUAUUAAGAAUGUCCUGUGCAAAAUUGUACCCACACCAGCACUAGUAGUAAUGAUUCUAAAUUAUUGCCAAAAAUUUUUUUUUUAAUUUUCUGUCUUUCAAGUUUACAGAAAAGUAAGCAGUAAAUGCAUUGAUGUCAUUUUAUUAUGUACAUAUAUCAUGUGCAUUCAAAGAAGCUGUGUGACAAGAUAUAUCAAUAUAAAAACAAGGUAUAUUACUUUAUUAUUUUUUAAAAACAAAGAUAUUGUCAGUUUUACCCUGUAAAACAUAUUUCUGUAUUUAUAGAUCUUAAACAUGGUGAAUUUUUUCUAUCACAAGUUUAUUUAAACCUGCUUUGUUUCUCAAGUUGUUAUUGAUACAGCAAGUGAACCUGCUGCAGAUAGAAGCAGAGGAAAGCCAAGAACAGCCUUUUAAUGGUGAAGAAAAGAAUGAAUGAUUCUUUGUAGGAGCCAUCAGCCACUUUGUAGGACCCAUCAGCCAGUGUGCUGGGAAAAGAGGUUUGUCAUAUGUUGGCCUAUGGUAAGAAAGUCAAUGAAUGUUUUGAUGAAAUGAAUGUUUUUGUAUAACGGCCUUAAACUUUUCUGGAAGUAUUUCAAAUAAAUUACAUUAAAAUGUCA